AUGGAAUUUCUGCGUCCAGAGCAUUCUCCUCAGCAAAUAGUCCCACUUUUCCGUAUCCUUCAAUCUUUUUCUCUUCAGCAAUACGCUCAGAAGCUAAUGGAGCUUGGCUAUGCAUAUGAUCUCAAAAUUCUUGCAACCUCCACAAAAGAGCAAAUCCAAAGCAUCGCUGAUCGUUUAAACCUAACUCCAGCUGAUGCCAUGAAAUUCAAUGACAUGAUUGAAAUUAUGCGCUUUCUGAUGCCGGAAAACACAAGAACCCACAAGCGCAGCACUUCAACAAUAAAAGGUGCUGAAGAAUCCCAUAAGCGAGAAAGGAGAAACUCAUUUGCUGAGCAAAAAGAAAGCGAAGAUCAAAGCGAAGAUUACGGAAAGCUGACUAAUAUGAUUGAACAAUAUAAUGAUAAAAUUGACCAAGAAAGAAAAGAGGAAGAAAAGCAAAUAAAGCUCAAACGAGAAUUGGAAGAGGCCAAAAAUAAAAUAAACAAGCUCACAAAUGAACUAAACCAGCAAAAGGAAGCACUCAGUAAGAAACCACAGGCAGCAGAUUCAGUGGGAAAUGACCCGUUACCUACUAUUGAUAUACGAAGAAAGGAAGUAGGUGUUUCAUAUGAUUCUUUUCGUAUGAGAUCAACCCUUGCUCAUCUAGAUAUUGAAGAAAUGUGUAGAUGCUUGUCAAAAGCAUUGAGACUGCAUAUAGAACAUUCUUUGGAGAUUUCUAAAAGCCGCGAGGAUAUUUCCCCACUGAAGCUUUCAAUAAGUUCACUGCCUAAUUUCUUUCAGGAAUUAAAUGUCCCAGUCGAUAAUUCCAGAUUUGACGAAGGACCUAAGGUCCCUGGUGCUGUAAUUGCCCUGUUUAGACAAGAAUUUGACGACCCUCAAGCCCAAUCCAAACGUGCUCCUCUGGAAAAAGAUAUUUACUACUUCUGCAAGAACAUCAUUUUUAGAUCAAAAAUGGAGAAAGAAUGCUCAAUAAUUUCUUUGAUAUAUAUUGAAAGAAUGAUAAAUAAGUCUGGGCUCUACGUGAAUGAGAAAAAUUGGAAAAAAUUAAUAUUAAUUUCUCUGAUCAUUGCAAGUAAAGUUUGGGAUGACGAGUCGUAUGAAAACAUCCACUUUGCAAAAGUUUUCACAAAGUUCAGCUUGAAAGAAAUCAACUCAAUGGAGAGGCUCUUUUUGACCCUUGUGGAUUAUGAUGUAGGGAUUAAAAAGAGUGAGUAUGCGAAAUAUUACUUCAUUUUGAGAACUUAUGCGGAGAAAAAUAGAAGAAGCUUCCCUCUGAAGGCAUUGGAUGUUGAUACAGUAAGAAAAUUGCAAACUAAUGCAAACCGUGCUGAGGAAAGAUUCAAGAACAUUCACUCAGAGUCUUUAUUUAAAACAGCUUAG